GAAAAUGAACGUGUCUUCGUUUCAUGCUAGGAGGCAAAUAAAAACCACAGAACUCAGGAAAUACAAGCUCUCUGCUGUUGACUGCUUUACACUGAAUCACUCUCUCUAACACUCUCCUGUUUUACGAAUUCUGUCCUUACACAUCUUUUUCUGUCUGAUUGGCUAUAGUUGGAAACUCUGGGUUUGGACCACACUUGCAGUUUCAGCAAUCUGCAGUUUGUGGUUGUAUCUUCACUAUUUACACUGCGGCAAACCAUUGAGCUUGUUGGGACUAUGGGAAAUUUAUGUUGCAAACGAAGGAAUAAGAAACUUGAAAGAGCUGAAGAUAAUGACAAUCAGACAGCAACAGCAGCCGACACAAAGACAGAAGAUGUCCUAUAUGCCUCUAUUGACCACACUACCAUCCAUCCAGAAAGGCCUGUUCAAAAAUUGGAGGAUAAUGAUUGUGAUUAUGCCGUUGUAAAGCUCCCUCAAAACACAACAGACAUGGCCAAGCAAAAAAGCAAUGAGGACUGUUCAGAUGAUUAUGUGCUCAUGGGCUGAGCAUUAAAAUACUUAUGUGGCUGAAAUCAGCACAUUCAGCAGGAAUGGACACCUGAGAAAUUGAGCCCUUGUUGACUUUGUAUAGGAUGGAAUGAUUAUUAUUAUUAUUAUUAUUCAUUUUAAUUAAUUUAUGGAGGUUUUCAUUUCAUGUCUGUUUUUCCCCCCACUGCAUAUUUACAACAUGAAGUAUAACAUAUUAAAGAUUUUUUAUAUAUAUAAUUUGAUGCAUUGUCAGUAAUGUGAACAGUGAAUAAAAGCGCAUAUUAUGUUUAUCUUCCUAUAUGUGUAUGUGUUAUAUAAAUUUGACUAAUGAAACUGAAGAGAGAUUUAUAUUUUUCUAAUGAUUCCUAGUUCUCGGUCAUCAAAGAGGAAUCAAAUGUGUUUAGUAUGAUUAAUAAAUACACUGUAAAAAAUAAACUUUUGUUUGACUUUUGUAACAUUUUUAGUCAACUCGAAAUAAAGCUGUAU